AUGGACCCCUCACAGUUUGAUGCACUUACUAGACAAUUAGCUCAACUUGUCACUAGCCAGCAACAUUUACAGACUCAAAUUGCGGCUGUCCAAACCGAGAUGGCUGCUACUUAUCCUAGAGUUUUUACUCAAUGGAUUAGAGACAUGGAUCGUUUCUUGGCAUGGUAUGGAGUCUUAGAGGAUCGACGUGUCCAAUUUGCCAGUUUGAAAUUAACUGACAUCGCCCAACUCUUCUGGGAGAGUGUUGAGGAUCUCAUUGAGAGGCGUCGUGCACCUCUAGUUGGAAGUUGGGAGGAAAUGAAGCGUCGCCUUCAAGAGAAAUAUUUGCCCCAAUCUUACAGGGGCAACUUGUUGGACCAAUGGAAUACCCUUACACAGGGGAAUCGACCAGUGACUGACUAUGUUACUCAAUUUGAUGAAUUUAGAAUGCGAUAUCAUGGCCUAAAAGAUGAUCUUAGGCGUGAACUUAUACUUCGAGGUGUCACUACCCUUGAUCAUGCUUAUCCUUUAGUCCAAGAUUAUGAGUUGGUCACUAAGACUCCAUAUGGAAGGCGUGUUAACAGUCGUCCUUCCGUCUCAUCCGUGUCACCUCCGCCUAUUAAGUCCCUCCUAGGGCCUUCCCCAUCUAAUGUUCUCCAUGUGUUGGAAAAUAAGGGUAAAGCUCCCGAAAUUCCAAAAACUUCUUCUCGCAUGCAGUGCUUCAAUUGUAAAGGCUUUGGUCAUAUCGCAUCUAGAUGUCCUAGUCAAGCUUUAGUCAUUGAGGAACAAAAAGAUGUAAAAGGUGAGUCAUUAGAAGAUCAAGUCUAUGAACCUAAGUUUGAAGAGUUUGACGAUUUGGAUGAUAUUGAUGAUACCUUGUUAGGUUGCAUCCGAACCUUCCCUAUAGAUCUAUAUUCUGUGACCUCUGUCCCCAACACCUUGCGGCUAAGUGUUGUACGUUGUACCCUCACUCACCCUAAAGAUGCUGAUGAUUGGUGUCGUGACGCCAUUUUUCAUAGUUAUAUCAAGAUCAAUAACAAGGGUUGUAAAAUUAUUGUGGAUAGUGGUAGCUGCAUUAAUGCAUUUUUUGUGGCUACGGUGUCCCGUCUUCGAUUACAAUCAGUCCCACACCCUCAACCUUAUAGCGUCUCUUGGGUUGACACUUCUUCUAUUGCCAAGACUCACCUUAAUCCUUUAUCGCCAAAACCUGUUGAUUCACAACAGACCAAGAAAAUUGUGGAGCGAAAAGGGUUACAUAUGAUUAGCCCUACAAAAUUUGAGCGUACACUCAAAGAGGAUUCUGUUGUGUUUGCCGUGGUCGUCAUGGAAGUUUCAUCGAAAUCUCCAAUAUUAACCCCUGAUGAGGUCCAAUCAGUUCUUCAAGAGUUUCGAGAUGUCUUUCCUGAAUAUCUCCCUGAUAUAUUGCCCCCUUUACGGGACAUUCAACAUGCUAUAGAUCUUGUUCCUGGAUCGUCUCUUCCAAAUUUACCUCAUUAUAGAAUGAAUCCUACCGAGCAUCCUGAGUUUCAGAUGCAAGUAGAGGAGCUCCUUCACAAAGGAUUUAUUCGUGAGAGUCUAAGUCCUUGUGCGGUUCCCGCCCUUUUGACUCUUAAGAAAGAUGGUUCUUGGAGAAUGUGUGUUGAUAGUCGUGCCAUCAAUAAAAUCACAAUGAAGUACCGUUUUCUAAUCCCUAGGCUUGAUGAUAUGUUGGACAUGAUGGUCGGCGCCAUGAUAUUUUCUAAGAUUGAUUUAAAGAGUGGGUACCACCAAAUUAGGAUUCGCCCGGGUGACGAAUAG